CUCACGGCCUAUAUAAAGCCCCGUACUUCAACCGUAUCUGUCAUUCAAAUUUCGAUCUCAGAUUUUCGGACAAUCAGAAACCCUAGGCCCUCUUCUUAGAGUUCUCGAAGAAUCGUUUGUGUUGUGUGCUUUCGAUCUGAAGAGAUAUGGCUCGUACGAAGCAGACUGCUCGCAAAUCGACCGGUGGAAAGGCUCCGAGGAAGCAGCUCGCUACUAAGGCUGCAAGGAAGUCGGCUCCCACAACCGGAGGAGUCAAGAAGCCUCAUCGUUAUCGCCCUGGAACUGUUGCCCUUCGUGAAAUCCGCAAGUACCAAAAGAGUACCGAGCUUUUGAUCCGCAAGUUACCUUUUCAGCGACUUGUUCGUGAAAUCGCUCAAGACUUCAAGACGGAUUUGAGGUUCCAGAGCCAUGCUGUUCUUGCGCUUCAGGAGGCUGCGGAGGCCUACUUGGUGGGUCUAUUUGAGGACACCAACCUGUGCGCAAUUCAUGCCAAGAGGGUAACCAUCAUGCCCAAGGACAUUCAGCUCGCUAGGAGGAUCCGUGGCGAGCGCGCUUAAGCAGAGCGCUUUAUGUUUUGCUUUCAAAGUUGGAUAAUUAGGUUAUGUCUAGUUGCUUUGGAUUUUUUGUAUAGUAGUUAAAAACAAAGGAUUACUACAUUGCCAAUUCGCCUCAAACUUGGCUAAUUUCGUAGUGGUUUGCUAUAUGAAUUUGGUGUUUUGACAAUUUAAUUCAAAUUCUAAUUA